UCAAAUCAGGCCCCAGACUGCUUGCCUCCUGCACCAAGCUUUUUUUCCAACCCACCCCUGCCUCUUCACUCGCCGCAUCUCCCAUUUCCCCCGAAACUCUAACCGCCGCCGCCGGCUAUCGCAGCAGUACCAGCAGCAGAAACAAACAACACGGAUUUUCCAACUUUUCCAGUCUGCUAGAUUUGCGCAUGCAUACUGGGUUGGUACUGGGAUGAGGUUUUUGAAGAAGAUCGCGGGGUUUCUAGGGUUUGCGAAGGACGAGGAGCACGACGCGAGGGACGAAGCCGAAGCUGACGCCGUCGAUGAUGCCGACUUGGAUGCAGUAGAAACCCACAAUCUCCCUCGUAAAGGGUUUAGCGUGGCCGUUAAAGUGCCCGUCGAUAGGCUGCAGCUCGGCCCGGUUCUCGUUCCCUGUGCUGUCGGCGACGGGGGCGUCCAGGGAUUGAAAUGGUAUGCAAGGCGUCUCAAGAUAGAUGAAUAUGGAGAUGUUGCAGAUGAGUUCCUUGAUGAGAUUUCGCCAACCGUGUCAUCAUCUGGUAUGGAAGAUCACCCUCAGCCAUUUCCGAGGUUACAAGUGAAGUACAAUGCUAAGGCGGCCAAAGUGAGGCAUCAAGCCCUUGCCCCAAAUGGUAAGGUCCUACAGAAUGUGGAGUACCAAGGUAGAUUGCUGUGGGUGUAAGAGACAUUUUCUAGGGCAAGUUGUCUUUUUGGUUAUUGGAUUUCGAUUUCAUUUCACCUCAUAUGUAAUUCCGGUCAGUGUGUGUAUUGUUUUGACUAUCCCAAUACUGCAGAAUGGAUCCAAAUGACAAAUUAGCUGUAGUUUCCUGUAUUUUGAAGUACUUAAGAACUGAUUCUUGAAAAUUGAUGAAUUCUCUGUAAGAACUGCUGGAUAUAUACCAUGUCAGACAAUCAAAACACGAAUGUAUCGUAUUGUGAAA